AUGAAAUAAAACGAUAUAAGAUUUGCACUAGCAUCUCAAGGAGCUACUAUUUGUGUAUAAUUUCUUCACCCUUUAGAUAUAAUCAAAACAAGAAUGUAAAGUAUGCAGCAUUUUCAUCUUCUUAAAAAGGUCAUGACGGUCAGACACACAAAAAUCUUGUACCUAAAUAUGGAAGCAUAUCAAAUGCAAUUAAAUAAAUAUAUAAGGAAGAGGGAUUGAAAGGAUUUACAAAAGGAAUAUUAUGGUCAUUAUGUGCUAAUAGUGUAGCAAGAGUUCUUUUUUUUGUUUUGUAUUAUACACUAGUAAAUAUAGUUAUGAAACAAAAAAAGAAGAAUGUAAUAAAUAUUUUGGACAUGAUUCUAAAAAGUCAAUUUUAAUAGCAUCUAUUUAUGCUUCUCUCCUAGGUUAAUUAAUUACACAACCCUUAUGGGUUACUUUAACGAGACUGCAAUUAAAUGUUGGGAAAAUGAGUGUAUUAAUAUUAUUUUUAUUUUAAGGGAUUCGAAAAUGUCAAAUUUACUAUUUAACAAAUAUAUCGACAACAUGGAUUUUUAGGUUUUUAUCGUGGUUUAAAAAUGUCUUUACUUGCCUCUUGUCAUGGAAUGAUUUAAAUAAAUAGUUAUGAAUGGACUCUCUCUUUUUUAACUCAACUUGAAUCAUACAAAGAUUUUAAUUCUCUUUUAGCUGGAGGAUUUUCGAAAGGAUUUGCAAUCUUUAGCACUUAUCCAAUGACCACAAUUAAAACAAGAAUUAUAUAAAAUUAAUAUAUUGAAUCUGAAAAUCCAAAAUAUAAAUCUAAUUUUGAUAUUGCCAAGAAAAUAUUAUAGCAUGAAGGCUUUAAAGGAUUUUAUAAAGGGAUAACUGCAUCUAUGCUUAAAGGGAUGCCUUCGAAAGCCCUUUAUUUUUUCUUUUAUGAACAUUUUAAAGACAUGCUAAAUGUGGGAAGAUCAUAAAAUAAUUAUUGA